UGUAACAGUCAUUUUGAAUUACUCGGCAGGAGAGGACGUGUUUUUGCUUCGAACGCUCGGCCCAGGAGUUUCAUCAUCAAUUUUUCGAAGUUCUUGCUGUAUUUAAUUCGUGUAUUUGUGAAUUACGACUAAUUACAAUUGGCUACGUCAAUCUCGGUGCGGAAACCAAGGUCAAUCGAAAGAAGGAGAUAGCGCAAUAGCAGGUGCCGAUUGUUACGAACGUGAAUUGCGGCAAGUGUAUCAGAAGCGCGAAUCAGCUGAUCAACUAUGCAUUCCACGAAGACGCCUCGUAUUCUUUCGAUCCAGAGUCAUGUAGUGUCAGGCUACGUCGGCAAUAAGAGCGCUACUUUUCCGUUACAGUUAUUAGGCUUUGAGGUCGAUGCGAUAAACUCUGUACAGUUGUCCAAUCAUACUGGUUACAAAGCAUUUAAGGGCCAAGUACUCAAUGAUAAAGAUUUAGAGGACCUAGUUGAUGGUUUAGAGCAAAAUGACCUAGACACUUAUACACAUUUAUUAACUGGAUAUAUCGGUUCUGCCUCCUUCUUGAAAAGAGUGGCAUUACUAGUCACAACUUUGAAAUCUAAAAAUCCAAAUCUUACAUAUGUUUGUGAUCCUGUUAUGGGUGACAAUGGCAAGAUGUAUGUCCCAGAAGCACUGAAAGAAAUUUACAAAGAGGAGAUAAUACCAUUAGCGGAUGUAGUAACUCCAAAUCAGUUCGAAUUAGAAUUACUUACAGAUGAAAAAAUCACUAAUAUGAGUGAAUUGCAGAAUGCUAUUAAAAAAUUACAUCUUAAUGGACCAAAAACUGUAGCUAUAUCGUCAACUGAUCUUAGUGAGAAACUGACGGCAGUAGUGAGCGCGGCGAAAGAUAAUACAUUAAUAAAGGUAGAUAUUCCUAAAAUACCAGCAACUUUCACGGGUUCAGGAGACCUUUUUGCCGCGUUAUUUCUUGCCCAUGUAUACUUACAAAAUGACAUGAAAGCCACCAUAGAAAAAACUAUUAAUUCUCUGUAUGACGUGCUGCUUAAUACGUAUGAAUAUUCUAAAGCGUAUAUAGAUACCGAAGCACAACCAGCCAGGAAAAUCGAAUUAAGACUUAUACAAAGUAAAAACAGUAUUGAAAAUCCAAAAAUUCGCCUACUUGCGGAA